CUUUGACAACUUCGUGACAGCUGUCAUUUUCUCGCCCAUUUCCGUUUCUUUCUACUGACAACAAUAGCAAGAUGAAAAUCGGAUUGUGUUCAUUCAGUGGGUACAAAAUCUACCCCGGUCAUGGCAAGACCAUGGUCAAGGUUGAUGGAAAGACCUUCACUUUCCUCGACAAGAAAUGCGAACGCUCCUACCUGAUGAAGCGCAAUCCACGAAAGGUCACCUGGACUGUCUUGUACCGUCGUAAGCACCGUAAGGGUAUCGAGGAGGAAACCACCAAGAAACGUACCCGCCGCACACAAAAAUUCCAACGUGCUAUUGUUGGUGCUUCACUUGCUGAAAUUAUGGCUAAGCGUAACAUGAAACCUGAAGUACGUAAGGCCCAACGCGAUCAAGCCAUUAAGGCUGCUAAGGAGCAAAAACGCGCUACUAAGGCUGCAAAGAAGACCACACAGCCUGCUCAGGCUAAAGCUAAGGCUGCUCCCAAGCAGAAGGCCGCUAAGGUGACGCAAAAAUCUGCCCCCCGUGUUGGAGGCAAGCGGUAAAUUAGUGCUUUCGGCGGUGACAUAUCCAAAUGCUUUGCAUAAGGAGUGUGGGGUUAUGAUUUAAGAAGUAUAAGAAGGCGUUUGUUUUCUAAUAUGUGAAAUUAAAAGUGAAAAAAUAAAAAUUAUCGCGCGAAUGGAAAUUUGCGGGAAAAACACAA